GUGUGAUUUCUCUUUGUACUGAAUGAAGAGUUGAGGCCGGCUCUGCUACUGCUCGCCUCUCUUUUUAUAUAAGCAGAGUUUGCAUGCUGUAAAUAGCACAAUAAGCCGGUUACACUUUACGUUUCACCGUUUACCGUCGUUCCCUUUUGUUUUGUGGAAGCGACCGGCUCUUGCUAAUGUCCCUUUGAGCGUUUUUGGACAACAAAAGCAUCAGGUCCAACGUUGUUUCUUCGGGGGAUUCCAAGUCACACAUUUAUCACUCGGGGGUUUUCAGUGCAGGAGAAGAAAAGCGAGCAGCCGCACGUCCACACACCGCUUCGCUUUCUUUCCGUCGCCCCUUUCACACUUCCACACCUCCGGGGGGGAUUUUUCUUCCCAAACCGAGCGACCAUGGCUGCUGUAACAAGCCCGGAGACGAGCCCUCAACCCCGGGUAUAUUUCCAGACGCCGGCCGGCACCACAGAGGAACCGGAGACACCCGUUCGGAAACAGGGACGCGUAACCGUCAAAUACGACCGUAAGGAGCUGAGGAAGAGACUGAACCUGGAGGAGUGGAUUAUCGACCAGCUAACGGACCUCUACGACUGUGAGGAGGAGGCCAUUCCAGAGCUGGAGAUAGACGUGGAUGAGCUGCUGGAUAUGCCCAGUGACGUUGAACGGGGAGCCAGGGUCAAGGACUUACUGGUCGACUGUUUUAAACCUACUGAGGACUUCAUCUCAGAACUGCUCGACAAGAUCCGAGGGAUGCAGAAGCUCUCCACGCCUCAGAAGAAAUGAUGGCAUCCUUCCUCCUUCUCCUCCACCCCCACAUCCCCCCCUCCACCUUAGCCCUCACCUCUCGUCUUCCUACUGUGCUUUGUGUCUUUUUAUUUUAAAGUCAGUUUUCUUCCGUUGAGGAUACUCAUGAAAUACUCUUACUGAUCCUCGUUUCCUCUUUUUGUUACACCAUCUGCUCUUAACCCCUUCUCUUCCCUGCCCCAUAAAUGGCUUUUAUUUUUCAUCUUUUGAGACCUUAUCUUGUUUGUUGGACUGCCUGCUUGAAAAACCAUCAGCGAAGAAGAAAAAGUAGAUAAUGCUUAAUAAUAAGCAGGUGACAACAGGCGAUUCAUCGGUCUUAAAUCCAGGCAUUCUCCUUCCGUCUCUUUUCACUCCUGCUCCUCCUUCACCCUUUGUUUGGCUCUACUCCUCUUCCUCAUCCAGCUCUUCUUCCUCCUCCCACCCUCCCUCAUACCACCCUCCAUCUGUCUGAGGAGGAAGAGAAGGGGAGACGAGAUGAGUCCCAUAAUUACUGAGAGCGGAGCGGCUGAGAGUGGGAAGAGGAACAAGAGAAAGAAUCUGCGACAGCCAAGAAAAGAGUGGAGGGCUGAAACAGCCAAUCAGCUUGAAGCAGGGCCUAAUCAUUGCUUAUGUUUCUACCAAUGAGAUUCUGUUAUCUGUAAGGGGUUAACCUUGUAAAUGAUCCAGCUACCAACCAUGAUUCUUUUGAUACUUUCUAGUUCAGUUUGAGGGUGUGGGUGUAGUCACUUGACUGUAGUUUUUUUUAAUUAGGUAACUUUUUGGGGGGGCGGGCGGGGUGGUACAGUCUUUUCCCCUUAAUCAGAGGCAUUUGCUACAGUGGUGCAUUUAUAGACUGUCUUUUUUUGUGUGGAUCUGUUUAAAAAUCUGCACUAUGUCAUUUUGGGAAGAAAAUCUGAACAUCUGACCACUAAGAAUAUUGUGUGGUAUAUCUUUAGAGGGAAAUCUGAUCCCUGGAAAUAGUGGUUGAACCUAAAAAAGUCACUGGUUGGCUGUGGUGGUCAUACGGUCCAACCUAUUUUAGACUAAAAACCCUCCUUUGAGGCUAGACGUAGAAGUAGGUUCUCUUAGGUCGGGUGUGCUUGAAUAGAAUUCAAAUUCUUGGAGGGGAAAGUGUGUUUUUCUUUCCUCAAAUGCGUAGUGCAGUCAUAAGAGAGGCUCUUUAGAAGCCGCUGCUGUCCAGCCUGCACAUACAUAUGUACGUCUGUGUGUUGCUAAAUGCUACGUGUAUGUUGCUACAUAAUGUACAGCAACAUUCAUAAUAGGAGUGUUUUUCUGGCCUGUAUAUUCUGCUGUUCUGUACGACAAAUUAGAUUUUUUAGUAUAGGACUGGUUCCUGUUUUGAUUUUCUGGAUGCAUUUUGUCACACACACACUGACAGUCCGACAGGGGGACCCAGAACAAAGCUGCCUUGUUUUUUUGUUUUAUCUUUCUUUCAAUCAUCCCUCCUCUCUACGUCUCUUUUUCACUUUCCUCCUUUUGUUUUGUAACUCAUUCAGUCCACCGUGUUGUUUUGUGCUUGGCAGACAUCAGUUCAGAGCAGUCACUCGCAUAUGGAGACUCACAUGGAAAAUGUCUUUGGAGCUCCGUGUCGGUGUCGAGACUUUGUUCUGUCCUCUGCCUGUCAGCAGACCCACCAAUGAGACAUCUGAAUGGGAGGCUGUCUCAAUGCAUUCACCCUUCCGUUUCUUCUGUCUCGCACACAAACACACACAGGCCACCCUUGGGGCGGAGAAAACGGAAACACAUUAGCAAACACAGCUGCCACUCACACAGAUGUGCACACACACACACACACACACACACACACACAAAGUGCUGAGAGAGAAAGAGCGAGAGACAGACAGGUCCAUAGCUGUCACAAGAUCUGUGUGUUUCCCUGCCGCAACUGCCAAUCAUCUCCAAGAAUAAGCCAUCUGUUUCUCAUCCUGAGCCAAUCAGAGCUUAGACUGCCGACCAUCGGCCAAUUGGAGAAGCAGGAGCGUUUUCUGUGAUUCCUACAGCCGAUUUCUAACACCUGCGGUGAGACCAGGCCUUCACUGUCUGUCUUCCUCUCUCAGUGCCAAAACACACACACACACACACACACACACACAGGCCCAUUUUCAUCUUGCUGCUCUGUCAUUGCUCCCUGGCAUCCCUCUUUUCUCCUCCUCCCUCCCAUUUUCAUCCCUUUGUCCAUCCUCCCUCUAUCCUUUCAUCAGUUUCCUUUCCUUUUUUAAAAAAAAACAGAUGUUGCCUUAGGUAUUAUUUAUGUUAUACAAACCAAAUAAAUGGGAGACAUUCAUUUUUAAAAAGGUAACGCAACCUGCUAAACACGUGUGUUACUGAGCAGAUCAGCAGCGUGUGGAGAAUCUCUGAUCUAUAGCUCCUUUUUUUUUUUUUUUUUUAAACAAAUGAGAUUCUGUUGGGUUUUUUUAGAAGUAAGUGUUUAAUACUUAGGCCUUGAUACAGUGAUUUUGUUUAGAUAAAACAAUGUUCUUUACAUUUACCAUUUGAAUACUGGUCUGUUUUUAUUGUGAUCAUGACACUUCUUGAUGCCAGGCCUUGGAUUAACAAAUUGUUGAACAAAAAUCCACUCAGAUACACUUUUGGUGCGAUUGCUUUUGCCUUCCUGGUAAGGUUUCCAAAUGGAGCGGCGUUUGCAUUAUUUGGAGACAUCGGACUGUACCAGGCAAGCUCAAUCAGUAGGUGAAUUUGAGUGGAUUUUCAUUUCUGAAUCCAGGUUUGGAUUAUACCUUCUAGACUGUUAUUGAGAAGUCUGUUUUUUUACUGUUGGGGAAAAUUGCAAAAAAUAUAUAUACUGAUUAUCAUCAUUGAGGCUAAAUACAAGAGCUAAACCAUGUCGAUUGAAGAAGCGGAGGUGUUUUUUGGACAAUGAUUAGAUCAAACCAACAAACAAAUGUAGCAAUAUCAACAACAGGUCUUGUUUUUGCCCAAUUUUGUUACACUUUUAUGCAACUUUAAUAAAAACAUGUAAAAUGGA